CCCUCAUGCGUCUGCCUUGCGAUGGGAAAGAGCAGAGCCACCAUCGGCAGAUGUUCAUUUCCUAUGGGUCCAAAAACUAGUGUUUUAUUUGAAGCCCCACAACUAAUCCUGGUUCAGUUUCCCUUCCCCAUCCCAAAUACUGAGCACUGACUUCUCAGCAAGACAGCUUGCGCUCCCGCCGCUCUGCAUUCAGAGGUCCCGAGGGGCUGGACCAGCCGUCAAGCCCCUCUAACUCUCCAGCUGUGAGCUGCAACACCCCUCGGGUGCUUAGGCAGACUGAGGAUCCCAGGGAACAUGGCUGAAGCACAACAGGCCUCUAGCUUGCUGUCUGCACUGAGCUCUGAUGGGGCAGAGGUAGAGCUCACCUCCCCGGUGUGGCAGGAGAUUUACCUCUCAGGCUUGCGCUCCUGGAAAAGGCAUCUCUGGCGUGUCUGGAAAGACUUUCUUACUGGUGUGCUCCCUGCAAGCCCCCUCAGUUGGCUCUUCCUCUUCAGUGCAAUCCAGCUUGCUUGGUUCCUCCAGCUGGAUCCUUCCCUAGGACUGAUGGAGAAGAUUAAAGAGUUGCUUCCAGACUGGGGUGGACAGCACUAUCAGCUCCGGGGGUUUCUGGCAGCAGCGCUGUUUGCCUCGUGUCUGUGGGGAGCCCUGAUCUUCACACUUCAUGUGGCUCUGAGGCUGCUUCUGUCCCACCAUGGCUGGCUCCUGGAACCUCAUGGCACCAUGUCCUCACCCACGAAGACCUGGCUGGCACUGGUCCGAAUCUUCUCCGGGAGGCACCCAAGGCUGUUUAGCUUCCAACGGGCCCUCCCGCGACAGCCAGUGCCCACAGCGCAGGAGUCCGUACGCAAGUACCUAGAGUCGGUACGCCCGGUGCUUGGAGACGACGCCUUUGACCGCGCUGCUGCUCUGGCAAGCGACUUCCUGAGGCUGCAGGCGCCACGGCUGCAGCGCUACCUGCGCCUCAAGUCCUGGUGUGCUUCUAACUACGUGAGUGACUGGUGGGAGGAGUUUGUGUACCUGCGCUCCCGAGGCUCGCUGUUGGUCAACAGCAACUAUUACAUGAUGGAUUUCCUGUAUGUCACGCCCACACCGCUGCAGGCUGCCCGCGCAGGCAAUGCCGCCCAUGCCCUGCUCCUGUACCGCAACCUUCUGAACCACCAGGAGAUCCCACCGACACUGCUGAUGGGAAUGCGGCCCUUAUGUUCUGCCCAGUUCGAGAGGAUAUUCAACACCACACGGGUGCCAGGUCUGGAAAAAGACUACCUCCGUCACGUCCAGGACAGCCGACAUGUGGCUGUCUUCCACCGGGGCAGAUUCUUCCGUGUCGGGACCCACUUUUCCAAUGACCUGCUGUCCCCACGGGCUCUAGAGCAACAGUUCCAGCAAAUCCUAGAUGACCCAUCCCCGGCUUGUCCCCUCGAGGAACAUCUAGCAGCUCUGACUGCUGCUCCCAGGAGUAUGUGGGCCCAGGCUCGAGAGUCAGUGAAGACUCAUGCUGCCACUGCCCUGGAGACCGUGGAAGGGGCCGCCUUCUUCGUGUCCCUCGAUUCUGAGCCCGCGGGACUGACCAGGGAGGAUCCGGCAGCUUCCUUGGACGCCUAUGCCCAUGCUCUGCUGGCUGGCCGAGGCGAUGACCGCUGGUUUGACAAAUCCUUCACCCUCAUCGUCUUCUCCAAUGGGAAGCUGGGCCUCAGCGUGGAACACUCCUGGGCUGACUGCCCUGUCUCAGGACAUAUGUGGGAGUUUACCCUGGCCACAGAUUGCUUCCAGUUGGGGUACGCAGCAGAUGGCCACUGUAAGGGGCAGCCUGACCCCACUCUGCCGCAGCCCCAGCGCCUGCAGUGGGACCUUCCAGAGCAGAUCCAGCCGUCCAUCUCUCUGGCCCUGAGGGGAGCUAAGAUCUUAUCCGGCAACAUCGACUGCCAUGUCUUCCCCUUUCCCCACUUCGGCAAGAACUUCAUCAAAAGUUGCCAUGUCUCUUCGGACAGUUUCAUCCAGCUGGUCCUGCAGCUGGCUCACUUCCGGGACAGGGGUCAGUUCUGCCUGACCUAUGAGUCGGCCAUGACCCGACUGUUCCUGGAAGGCAGAACAGAGACGGUGAGGUGCUGUACCAGGGAGGCCUGCCACUUUGUGAGAGCCAUGGAAGACAAGGAGAAGACAGACCAGCAGCGCCUUGCCCUGUUCCGGGUAGCCGUGGACAAGCACCAGGCUCUACUAAAGGCAGCAAUGAGCGGGCAGGGGACCGACCGCCACCUCUUCGCGCUCUACAUCAUGUCCCGAUUCCUCCAUAUGCCGUCACCCUUCCUGACCCAGGUCCAGUCACAGCAGUGGCCGCUGUCCACCAGCCAGAUCCCUGUGCAGCAAGUGCACAUGUUUGACGUCCACAAUUACCCAGACUAUGUCUCCUCUGGAGGUGGAUUUGGGCCUGCCAGCGACCAUGGGUAUGGCAUCGCCUAUAUCUUCACGGGAGAAAACAUGAUCACCUUCCAUAUCUCCAGCAAGAAGUCGAGCACAGAAACAGACUCGCAGCGGCUGGGGCAGCACAUCGAGGAUGCCCUGCUGGAUGUAGCCACCCUGUUCCAGGCCGGGCAGCAUCUCAAGAGCCGGUUCAGAGCACUUGGGGGGAACUCGGGAUACAGACGUGGCUUUCUCGCCAGUAAGACUGUGGACCCCAAGGUCCCCACAACCUCCACCAACUUUUGACCUCCUCAGCAGGGAGCUGGUCUCCCUUAGAAAGGAGUGUGCUGUUGCCAAGGCUCGGCUGGCACAGACGGGGGUAUGGGGACCCCCACAGCCACCUGGUAAUAAAGAUACGUAAGUCGGGUGUGGCCUCCACUGUGCUCCUAUGCAGGGUGCGCACCCUUCUAACCCCAGCUUACAUCCCCUUGUCCCCACUGUCACCAUAGCCCACACCACCACCCAGGCAGGUUCCACUCGAAGAAGCUCCCUGGCCAGACCAACCCAAUCAGCUCUUCACACUCUGAACCUACUUCUGCCCCCCAGGCCAUCUCCAAACUGAGGUCUGAGCAGCAGUUCUUUCCUGUGGGAGCGGAGUCCAGGCAGGUUGCUCAGGAGCUUCCGGGGUAACAGAGGGUGAUCACGAACUCUUGAUCUUCCUGUGUCUGCCUCCCAGAGGCGGGGUGGCAGGUGUGUGUGUCCCCCUAUUGAAAAUAAGUCAGAGGUGGGCUAGCCUGAGCUACAUAGCAAGGCCCAGUCUCAUAUGGGGGAGGAUGUCACACCUUUAGUCCCAGCGCUCGGGUAGCAGAGGCAAGGGGAUCUCUGUGAGUCUGAGGUGAGUUCCAGCCAGCCAGGGCUGUUACACAGAGAAACCCUGUCUCAAAACAAAGCAGUAACAGAGCUUUACUUUUUUUUAAGAUUUAUUUUAUUUAUUAUGAAUACAGUGUUCUGUCUGCAUGUGUCACUGCAGGCCAGAAGAGGGCACCGGACCUCAUUACAGAUGGUUGUGAGCCACCAUGUGGUUGCUGGGAAUUGAACUCAGGACCUCUGGAAGAGCAGCCAAUGCUCUUAACCUCUGAGCCACCUCUCCAGCCCCAGGAUUUUACUCUUAACCAAAUGCCUCCGGGAUUUGGUGGGUCAUCAUUUUAUUAACCUCAUUUGCAAAAUGGAUUGAAGGGCUGGGCUGUCCUGGGACCUGAGAGACUGAGGGCAACAAUCCAGGGCCCUCUGCCAGGGUGAUUGCCUCCGUCUCCUCCGUUCCCUUCCUCCUCCUCCUCCUCCU